AUGGAAGAUGGUAUUAGAGAAAUGCAACUUUUGAAAUAUACAGGAUAUGCCAAAUUUCUGCGCUCUUUUCAGUACGAAGAGCAUGACAUUUGGCGGCAAAAGUUCUUCUUCAACUCUUCGGUACUACGUCUCUUCACCAAGUUAUUCAAGUUUUUAACACAGAAAACAUUGGCACAAGAAGUGAACGUGACAGCCGACGGCUAUGCAGAGGGGACUAUAUCAAAGGACAUUUACAGAAAGGGUGUCGAAAAUGAAUCGGAGACAGAAAAUUUUAUCACAGAAGCCGCCUUGAGCGAAGAGCUCGAUUUGAACUUCGGCGUUAGUAAUAGUGAUAACAUCUCCGACUUUGAACAAGCAGGAAGUACGGAUACUGAACUUGAAAAAGGAGUACAAGUGGACAGUCCAACAGAAAUUGUGUCGGAGAAUAGUGCAGCGGACAUUGAAAUUGGGCCACGAAGUGAUACUUUGAACGCAGAAAUCGGGCAAAGUGAGAAUUCUCCGGCCGAAAAAGAUGUGCUGGCCACAAUAGAAUUUCAGACUACAACAAACUUAGUGAACGGAGACGAGUUUAAAAGUGAAAAUGGGCUUGAGCCAGCCGAUGUGAAUGCAACUAAAUUAGCUAAAGUUAAGGAAGAAAUCAAGGAUAACACAGUUACUGUAGAGCUAACGACACUUGAUACAAGUGAAACUACGACUGAGGCAAUGACUAGUAGUUUAAAUAAAACGGAUGAAGUGAAAGUUACAGAGUCAAGCAGUGAUGAUCUCACCCUAACGGAGGAAUCUCAAACAGAAAAUGCUUCCGAUCCAACAACUGAAAUGACAGAAGAAUCGGUAACAAAGAAUGAUAGCACAACAACUUCAGCGCCAACACAAAACUUAUGUGCUACACUGGGCACCUUUGCAGCGGAAAAUGACUGCCGUUCGUACUUUACUUGUACACCAAGCGCCAUAGGGGAACUUCAAAUACAACCAAAGAAUUGUCCAAACGGCCAAGCUUUCGAUACGACGCUUUUGCAUUGUUCUCGUGACCUCUCACCAUGCACCGGCAUAUUUCAUUGCAACGCAGAGGGCACAUUUGCCGCUUCGACCGAUAACUCAUCCUAUUAUUGGUGUGUGGCAUCUCGUUUAAGCGCAAGAUUACGCGUCUAUCACGUCAAGUGUGGCAAUGGCCAGAUCUUUACGCCAGAGUUGGGUAAAUGUUUCGUAGAUAUGACAAGUUUGCAUGACUUAUCGCUGAAUUACGAUUUGUAUUUGAGUAAGUCGCCGGAUGAGGAGUGCGUGCGUGAGGAGGUAAAAAUUAUGAAAGCGGAGGAGAAGGUUAAACUCAAAGAGGCAAAGUUGCGUGAGAAAAUACAACGCAAAUAUGAAAAAGAGUUGCUGAAGAAAGCUGAAAAAGAAGCAAAAGAACAGGCCAAAUUACAGGGCAUAUCACUAGAAGAAGAGGUCAACUUCAAUUGUACACAGGUGGGAAGUUUUGCUGCAGUCGCGGAAAGCUUCUAUGACUAUUUCGUAUGCUUAAAUGGCAGUUACACUAUUAGAUAUCUAUCGUGCUCAAGUGGAUACGUUUUCAGUCAACGUGCUGGUUACUGUGUAGUGUCAUCCGGUGAGACCGAAAGCAGCACAGUUUCCUCGAGUACAAGUACAUCUACCGCUUCUACUUCAACAACCACUACCAGCGAAGACCCCAGUACCACUACUGCAGGACCGCCUAGCACACAAGAACCCACAACCAGUGCGGAACCAUCAAGCAGUCAAGAACCUAGUACGACCGAAGAACCAACUUCAAGCGAAAACACGACUGCAAGUGACGAACCAAGCAGCAGUGUAGGUCCUGGUACUACUGAAGAAUCCACUACCACCGCAGUACCUACUACUACUACGGAUGGGCCUACUACCACCGAAGAGCCAACUCCUAGUGAAGAGCCUACUACAAGUGAAAAACCACCAAGUAGUGUAGACGCCAGUACUACCGAAGACUCCACUACCACGGAAGUACCUACUACUACCGAAGAGCCUGCUUCUACCGAAAAAUCUACUACCGAUGGGCCUACUACCACCGAAGAGCCUACCCCUACUGAAGAGCCUGCUUCUACCGAAGGAUCUACUACCGAUAGGCCUACUUCCACCGAAGAGUCUACUCCUACUGCAGAGCCUGCUUCUACCGAAAAAUCUACUACCGAUGGGUUUACUACCACCGAAGAGCCUACUCCUACUGAAGAGCCAGCUUCUACCCAAGAAUCUACUACCGAUGGGCCUACUACCACCGAAGAGCCUACUCCUACUGAAGAGCCUUCUUCUACCGAAGAAUCUACUACCGAUGAGUCUACUUCCACCGAAGACCCUACUCCUACUGAAGGGCCUGCUUCUACGGAAGGAUCUUCUAGCGGAGGGCCUACUUCCACCGUAGAGCCUGCUUCUACUGAAGAGCCUGCUUCUACCGAAGAAUCUACUACCGAUGGGCCUACUACCACCGAAGAGCCCACUCCUACUGAAGAGCCUGCUUCUACCGAAGGAUCCAGUACCGAUGGGUCUACUACCACCGAAGAGCCUACUCCUACCGAAGAGCCUGCUUCUACCGAAGAAUCUACUACCGAUGGGUCUACUUCCACCGAAGAGCCCACUCCUACUGAAGAGCCUUCUUCUACCGAAGAAUCUACUACCGAUGAGUCUACUUCCACCGAAGAGCCUACUCCUACUGAAGGGCCUGCUUCUACGGAAGGAUCUUCUAGCGGAGGGCCUNCUACAGAAGAAUCUACUACCGAUGGGCCUACUUCCACCGUAGAGCCUGCUUCUACCGAAGGAUCUACUACCGAUGGGCCUAUUUCCACCGAAGAGCCUACUCCUACUGAAGAGCCUACUUCUACCGAAGAAUCUUCUACCGAUGGGCCUGUUACCACCGAAGAGCCUACUCCUACUGAAGAGCCUGCUUCUUCCGAAGAAACUACUACCAAUGGGCCUACUUCUACCGUAGAGCCUUCUUCUACCGAAGAAUCUACUACUGAUGGGCCUACUACCACCGAGGAGACUACUCCUACCGAAGAGCCUAGUUCUACCGAAGGAUCUACUACCGAUGGGCCUACUUCGACCGAAGAGCCUCUUCCUACUGAGGAGCCUCUUCCUACUGAGAAGCCUUCUACUACCGAUGGGCCUACCACCACCGAAGAGCUUACUACUACUGAAGAGCCUGCUCAUACCGAAGAAUCUACUACCGAUGGGCCUACUUCCACCGUAGAGCCUGCUUCCACCGAAGGAUCUACGACCGAUGGGCCUACUACCACCGAGGAGACUACUCCUACCGAAGAGCCUAGUUCUACCGAAGGAUCUACUACCGAUGGGCCUACUUCCACCGAAGAGCCUCUUCCUACUGAGGAGCCUUNCUACCGAAGGAUCUACUACCGAUGGUCUACUUCCACCGAAGAGCCUACUCCUACUGAAGGGCCUGCUUCUACGGAAGGAUCUUCUAGCGGAGGGCCUACUUCCACCGAAGAGCCUACUCCUACUGAAGAGCCUGCUUCUACCGAUGGGCCUAGUACCACCGAAGAGCCUACUUCUACUGAAGAGCCUGCUUCUACCGAAAAAUCUACGACUGAUGGGCCUACUACCACCGAAGAGCCUACUCCUACCGAAGAGCCUGCUUCUACCGAAGAAUCUACUACCGAUGGGUCUACUACCACCGAAGAGCCUACUCCUACUGAAGAGCCUACUUCUACCGAAGAAUCUACUACCGAUGAGCCUCCAACCACCGAAGAGCCUACUCCUACUGAAGA